GCAUGCUGUUUCGUACCUGCGAUCAGCUUUGAGCUGCCGCAAACUAACAGUCAGUAGAGUAUUAGUUCGAAACACCUGUAGACGCUGGUAUGUGAUUGAAUGUAGUAAAGUCCAAUAUUGGAGGAUGCAUGUUAAGCAUGGAGGCUCGAGGAACUGAGGAACUGUGUCGUGUAGUGCGGCUGACAUGCCAAUGCCAUCCUUGCUAAUGUGACUGAACCAGAACAAAGGGAUUGCCCGCAAUUUUCGGUACCACAGACACACUGAAUAGCCGACCAACAUGGAGUUUUGAGGUCGAAAUCUGAUAAGUUGCAAGCCAUACAAGUGCCAUAAAUUGAACAUUUAUCCAUAAUCGAUAGUGCAAUAAAUAAAUCGCGUACGUGUGACUAAAAGAAGAAACCUCUGUGAUAUAGACUGAACAAAUAUUAGAUGCCAUAAUGACCCGUCGCAACAUAGAUGAUCUGCCGUCGAAAUCGUCCCCUUGCAGUGGCAUGAUGUCGCCGCCGCCGCCGCAGGCCUCGCCGGCCGAACGAUCGCCGCUGAGGGAGAGGGACGCGCCGGAGUCGCCCGCAAUGUUGGCGACCAUGACGCCGGUGAACGUGAUGGAACUGAAGAAGGAAAUGGAAGAAGAAAGUGCCAUGGGUAGGCCGCCCCUAUAUACUCAGGUUAAAACGGAAGUCAUGUACGAAAAUGACGACGACAUAUAUGCUCAAGGGAUAUCAGACAAGCACGAUACCCCCAUAGAUCUAAUAUACGAUGACGGUAACAAAACGGUGAUAUACACAACGGCGCCAGACCAAAAGAGUCUGGAGAUUUACUCAGCAGACAACACGGGUGAAAUAACGAUCAACAACUAUACUGGUCAGCAGCAAAUCGCUGACGUGCUGAUCGAUGGUAACGCGGCUACGAUGGUUAACGCUAGCGGGGAGUCGGUCGGUAGUCCUCCGGGUACAGUGUCAGUGGUGCUGCAGGGAAACGGCCAGGGGCUGCUCCAAUAUCCCCAGGCCCAAGUACCGGGCACCACCGUUCUCGUCCUCUCCGAGUUGGUCGACGAAGUCGGUGUUCCAGUCGUCGGUUUAAGGAAACGCAAGGAUAACUUGGAACAAGGAAGUGGCAGUUCCUCGUCGGCGGGGAACGAAGUACCGGUGGUGGGUCCACGUGGUAUGGCCGAUUUGUCCGAGGGGCAGGCCCCUCCCGAAGACCAACAGACUUGGAGAGCUUACUACGAACAUCCGUUGACCGCGGCGACGACAGCCAUGCUCAACAUAGGCGGCGGUGCCGAGGACCAAACGGCCACCAUGGGUCUCAUCUACGAAUACUACAAAUUGCCGCCCCUGCCCGCCGAUUCCAAGGACAAAUUGGCUGACAUAUGGCCGGCGAGUUCUCAGGCCGGAGGUAUCCUCACGUCCCAGCUGAAGGCGGCCAAUGGAUUGGUGAGCGGGGCGGGACUGGAGCUCUCGACUCCGCCUCUCUCGAGCGCCGGCCAGCUUAGCUCGCAAGAGUUACAAGGCUUAUUUAUUAACCAGCACGUCGGUUACACACAGCCUGGAGCGACUGGCGGCCAAAAUUUACAAAUUGUUAAAAGGGAACCGGAGGACUUGAGUCACCACCGUAAAUUAGACUGUAGCUCGCCCAGCUCGGCUAGUUUAGAUGGGUCGAUAAUUGUCAGCAAACAACCCAGACACAAGGUUGUGCUGGUGUCAUCCGGAGCCCAGGCUGGCGAUCUCGUGGUGGAUGUGAAUUCAAUAAAAGACGAGAGCCACCGGGGGCUGAACUCCCCUCAGCACGGCUCUCGCUCGAUUAAUGGCACACCCACCUCAACACACAGCAGCCUUUUAGCGGACGGCUCGACCACAGGGACCGGCCCAAUCGAAUUCAUAUCCACGGAUGGCCUCAAACCAGCGAUGUACACCACGCAGAUAUUCGCCUCGAUGAGCAACUCCGGAAGCGGAACCCCAUCACCGAUUCCGUACACCGAUCAUGUCACCCAGUACACGCAGAGCUCGAUGGGCACCGGCACCGCUGGCUCGGCCAUCUACUCCUCGUCAACCGGAAGGCCCAGCAGCUCUGGGGCAUUCUCAGUGUCCGAUCCGUAUUAUCGCGAGUACUUCACCACGGUGACCUCGGGUGCCGGCACCCCCGAACCAGUUUACUCCACACAGCUCAGACAGGGCGCCCAAUUGGGCUACGGUGAUGAAACGGCUAGUGGUGGUGCGACUGCCAGUUUUGUGGAACGUUAUGUGCGCCAAUCCGCUUAUCACGGAAAGGCCGGAGUUAUCGCCGCCGCCACGGCGGCCGGACUCACUGUUGAUCUACCCAGUCCGGAUAGCGGCAUCGGGGCCGAUGCCAUCACACCACGUGACCAGAACACGUUGCAGCAGUCGUUCGAUUACACGGAACUGUGUCAGACGAACGCCACACUUUUGGAUCCGUUGUCGUUGUCUCAGAGAGGCAGCAGCAACUCAGGAUCGCCCGGAUCUCAGCCCACCAGCAGAAGCCGACCGUGGCACGAUUUCGGACGUCAGAACGACGCCGACAAAAUCCAAAUCCCAAAAAUAUUCUCCCCCGUUGGGUUCAAGUACCACUUGGAGACGCCGAUUUCGACAUCCCAAAGGAGGGAGGACGACAGAAUAACGUACAUCAACAAGGGACAGUUUUAUGGCAUCACCUUAGAAUACAUACCGGAUCCUGAUAAGCAGCUCAAAUCGCAAACUGUAAAGAGCAUCGUCAUGCUGAUGUUCAGAGAGGAGAAGAGCCCGGAGGACGAGAUUAAGGCCUGGCAGUUCUGGCACGGACGACAGCACUCGGUCAAGCAGCGGAUACUAGAUGCGGAUACUAAAAACAGUGUUGGUCUAGUGGGUUGUAUAGAGGAAGUCGCACACAAUGCCAUUGCUGUGUACUGGAACCCAAUGGAAAGCCCUGCCAAGAUAAACAUAGCUGUACAAUGCCUGAGUACAGACUUCAGUAGCCAAAAGGGUGUGAAAGGUCUUCCACUCCACCUCCAAAUCGACACCUACGAAGAUCCCAGAGAUACGAACAUCUUCCACCGAGGUUAUUGCCAAAUUAAAGUGUUCUGUGAUAAGGGCGCUGAACGUAAGACUAGAGACGAAGAAAGGCGAGCAGCCAAAAGGAAAAUGACGGCAACGGGUAGGAAAAAGCUGGACGAACUCUACCACCCGAUGUGCGAAAGAUCCGAAUUCUACAGUAUGAGCGAUCUGAACAAACCACCCGUGCUGUUCUCGCCGGCCGAAGACAUCGACAAGUAUUUUCCCCAGCUGACGUCGAUGGAACUGCAAGGUUUCUACGCACCGCACGACACGGACGGCUCGCUGACAGGUCCCGUCGACCACGUGAAAUCGGGUUCGCAAUUCUUGUUGCACGCGGCCACGAAACCUCCCACGACCCCCACAUUAAAAUUCCACAACCACUUCCCCCCGGAGACCGACAAGAAGGACAACAUUUUGGAGUCGAGCUUGACGACAGACGGUAACGUGUUCUCGCCACCGUUGAAGAGGCCAAAAAUGAUGACCGGAGGACCGGGCAGUGUCGGUCCUCCUCCGUUGAAUGAGAGGGUGAUGUUGUACGUGCGCCAGGAGAACGAGGAGGUUUACACUCCCUUGCACGUGGUGCCACCCAGCACGGCGGGAUUAUUGAAUGCGAUUGAGAAUAAGUACAAAAUAAGCGCUUCCAGUAUUAAUAACUUAUUUAGAAAAAACAAAAAAGGCAUUACGGCCAAAAUUGAUGAUGAUAUGGUUGCGUACUACUGUAACGAGGAUUUGUUUUUGUUGGAGCUGAAGGCAGUCGAUGAGGACUUGUUUGACAUAACUUUUGUGGAGCUAAUGGACCACUGAUUAACUUUUUAUGAAACCGCCAUUGAUAUUAUAUUACGUACUUAUGAAAUAUCAUUUUGUUGUGAUUGUUUUUUUACGAUGUAAUGUUUAAGAGCGCAUUUUAUUAUUGUUUAUAGAUUUUAGAAUGUUUUAUAACUGUCGAAACAUUUUAAUCCAUUUAAGUUAUUGUUAGUGUUUGUUUUUAUUAUUUUUAUGUGAUCACAUGUUAUUUGAAAAAUAUGAGUGUGAUCAUUAACAUUGAAUGUAACUGUAAUAUUAUAAAUUUUUAUAUUUGGUGGCAAUGUUUAUUAUUGUUUUCAGAAAUUGCAUAUUUUUAUUACAUUUAUAUAGUUAAGGUUUACAUCAUUUUAUAUUAUUAUAUAUAAUUAAUUGGUCACCAAUGAUCUCAAAAUUCAAGUGUGUAAAUGAUCUUAACACAUAAAUCAAUAUGUACAGUAUCUGCGGGAAAGGUCAAGGGAAAACUCAUUUUUGUAUAUAGCUUUAGAAUAUAUAUGUUUUGUACAUAGUGACCAGCCAUGACGUAGAGAAAACACCUUAAGUGUUUUGUGAUAAGGAGUACUGAAGAAUUAGACGCAGAGCAAGCAAAUUCACUCAUUGACUCUUUGAAGCCCAUAAAUUAUAUAUUUUAUAUUAAAUAGUUAGCCUCCCGGACUUCGACUAGUUGAUCAUUGUUCUCAGAAUUUUCUUUCAAUUUUUUUUUAUAUGACUCAAUUUCAACGUUGCGAGAAGAACAAGAUUACCAAGCUCGCACAAAAAAAAAAUUUAAUCGUACCUGACUUAUGCUUUAUCAAUAUUUCUUAUUAUUGUUUGUUUGUUUUUUUAAAUUCAAAACGUGGUUUUAACUACUUUUGAGGUACAAUUCUUCAAUCGCAGUGCAGAGUCGGCCUUACUCAGUUUUUGCUCACUCUGUAUUAUAUAUAUAAAACGGAAUUUUUCUUUAUCUGAGGAAAUUCUACGUGGUACUGAUAUUGAGAUUUUGUCUUGUACAUUGUUUUCUUCUCAUAAUUUAUUUUUUGUGCGCAACUAUCAUAGUCGGUUGCGUACAAUUUUUUCAAAUGAUAUUAGAGUAGUUAUGUUAGUUUAAUUAAAAUAGCUCUCUGUAUCCAAACUUUUAGUUUAUAUAUCAAAGAAAAGAUUGUUAUGUAAGUGUACUGUAACCAACGACUUGUCUUCAUUGGUCAUUAUUAUAAUAAUGAUCAUAUGAUGAUAUUAUUCGCAAUAUUAUUUAAGGUUUUUUUAUAAAUGUACGAUUUGAGUUUAUAAAUAAAAUACUAUAUAUUUUAUA